UUCUAUCUCAGGCCUUCUGCCUGGCAAGGACUUCAGGCCUGACUGACCGACAGGGUGAGUGUAAAUAAUGAAGCUGUUGGGGAACAGCUAGGGGCCUGGGAGAGAGAACCCAACAGAUGGAGCGGGCCUCUUCCCUUCCCACGUGUCGCAUCACAGGAUUCUGAUGGCAGAGGUGGAGGCUGGGGCAGCCGUGGAGCUCCGGGGACUGUCCCCUGAAGUGCCCGAUGAGCUACUCACUCUCUACUUUGAGAACUACCGUCGCUCAGGUGGAGGGCCUCUGUUGAGCUGGCAGAGACUAGGCUGUGGGGGCAUCCUCAUCUUUCAAGAUCCCGCAGACGCGAAAAGGGUCUUAACCCGGGCGGAGCACCAGCUAGCUGGUGUGCGCCUGAGCCUGAGGCCAGCGCCCCCAAGGGCCCCUGAACGUGUGCUUCUCCACCAACUGCCACCGGGCACUUCACCUCUGAGCCUGGAACAACAUGUUCAGGCUCUGCUGCGUGCCAUGGGGCACCCAGCGCAGGCUUGCCGUGCGCUGGCCAGUCCUCGGCAGGACUGUGCUCUGGUCCAGUUAUCCAUGCCCCUUUCUGAAGCAGAUGUCUGUGCCCUGGAGGAGCAGGCCCGGAAUCUGCCUCUGAAUGGUGUCACAGUAUCCUUGGCCUGGGUGCCCCAGACCCGAGCAGUACGCGUGGUGGACAGCGCCACCCCAGUGGACCCCUUGCUGCUGGAGCUGUACCUGGAGAAUAAGCGUCGCAGUGGUGGGGGACCCUUGGAGGGCCUGCGCAGCCUGCCCAGGCAACUGGGUACUGUUAUCAACUUUCAGGAGUGGCAGGUGGCUGAACGGGUGCUGAAGCAGAAACACUGGCUGCAGGGCUCUGAGUUGAGCCUUGUCCCCCACUACGAUGUAUUGGAGCCAGAGGAGCUUGCUGACGGCGCCAGUGAAGGGGAUCACCCUAGCAUGCAGGAAUCUGGAGCCACUGAGCAUGCUCUCUUAGAUCCUGGAGGGCAGGCCGAGACCCUGACUAUGACUGUGGGCUCUGAGGAGGCACCAGGACAAUUAGGAGCCUCUCUAAGGACAGGUCCUGUGGAGGCUUCAGGACAAGACGUGCCAGUUGAUUCAGGGCCUGUGAAGUCUCUGGAGCAAGAGGAGCCUAUAAACCAGGGAGCUAUGGGAUCUCCAGAGAAGGCUGGUUUCACAAGCGAGGGGAUUAUGGGGUCUGCAAGCCCAGUAGGUUCAGUAGAAAGCUUUAUAGGGCUCUCAGGGCAUGGAGGAUCUAUGGCCUCAUACUCUAUGGAAGUUCAGAGGCCGGAGGGCCUGGAUGAAGUGGCCACUGGCUCACCAGAGCAAGAGGGACUAAUGGCCACAGAGUCUCCAGAGAGAGAGCUGGAGAGCCCUGGGUAUGAGGAGUUGCAGAGGCAAGAGGAACCGGUGGAGAUAGUAAUGUUAAUGGAUUCAGGGGCCGUGCGCUUCCUGCAGCUCUACCAUGAGGACCUUCUUGCCAGCCUGGAAGAUGUUGCCCUUUUCCCACUUGAAGGAGUAGAUGUAACUGGCUUUCGGCUUUGUGGACCUAGGGCCCCAUGCCAGGCAGCCCAAGAGUUGCUGCAGAGUCUGCUGGACAGCAUUAGCUGCCACACGCUGAACAUGAAGCACCCGGGCAGUGCCCGGUUCCUGCUGGCUGUGGAGGGGCAGCACCUUCUUCACGGAUUGGAGGCCCAGUUCCAGUGUGUCUUUGGGACAGAACAUCUGGCCAGCGCUACCCUGGACCUAGAUCCUGAAAGGGCUGAUCCCAUUGAGGCCCUCCAUGGCCACAGUACAGGCAGCUAUCAGGAGACCAUGAGACUGGAGGAAGUCAAAGAGCUGCUGGCUACCCUGGAAGGCCUUCAUGGAGAGAACUGGCUGCCUAUGGAGAUGCGGAGGGAGAAAGCUGGAGAGCAGCCAGAGGAGACCACCCUUGAGCAGCAGGAGGAAAAAUCCACACUUGAGGCUAGGGCAGAGCCUGUGGCCCUCAGCACUGGGACACCUGGACAGUUAGAAGAAGAGGCCACCCUGCAGCUGGCUAUCCACCGGUCCUUGGAGUCUCAAGGCCAAGUGGUGGAGCAGCAGGAGGCCAGCGCACUAAGGCGAGCCAUGGCCCUCUCCCUGUUAGAAGCAGAAGAGCCCCUGGGUGAGGGCAGUGGAGGCAGGGUGCAGCUGGUGGUACACACUUCCUUCCAGCAGGAUAUGGAUGAAUUGGAUCGGGCAUUGUCGGCUGCCUUGGAGGUGCACCUUCGGGAGGAGACAGUGAGUCUUCAGGGCUGUGUGCUGCCCUCAGAGCUUGGGACUCGCCUGGAGAGGUGCCAUGAUGUGAGCGUCACCCUGCAUGGCGACCGCGCCAUCAUCCGUGGCUUUGGGGUUCAGCCUGCCCGCGCAGCUCGCCAUUUGGCUGCUCUGCUCGUUGGACCCUAUGACCAGAAUUCGACCUUUCCGUUGGAGGCGUCAAACAACUUGUCAGAGCAGAGCCUGAAGGAACCUUUGGGCAGGCUGGAGGCCCUGGAGGAGAAUUCCAAGGAGUUCCAGGAUGUGGUGCAGGCCUUUUAUGAUUCCUUGGAUGCUGCCCACAGCAGGAUCAGAAUUGUUCGGGUGGAACGUGUGUCACACCCACUGCUGCAGCAACAGUACCAGCUGCACCGGGAACGCCUGAUGCAAUGCUGCCAGCAACGCCCCGUGGAGCAGGUCCUCUACCACGGCACAUCGGAGUCUGCAGUGCUUGACAUCUGUGCCCACGGUUUCAACCGCAGCUUUUGUGGCCGAAACGGCACACUCUACGGGCAAGGCGUGUACUUCGCCAAGCGUGCCUCCAUGUCGGUACUGGAUCGCUACUCACCUCCCAACAGUGAAGGCCACAAGGCGGUGUUUGUGGCACGGGUGCUGACCGGUGACUAUGGACAGGGCUCCCGCGAUCUGAAGGCGCCUCCUUUGAGGGCCUCCGAUCAGGUCCUUCGCUACGACAGCGCCGUGGACUGCCUCCAACAACCCAAUAUCUUUGUCAUCUUUCACGACACUCAAGCUCUGCCUACUCAUCUAAUCACCUGCAAGAACAUACUCCGGAGUACCCCCUGAUAACUCCCUUGGUCUCCUGAAUCUCUUUCGUGGACAUUUGACUUAAGAAGCCCUGCCUAAGCUACAGAGCUUCCCCUGGGGUGCUCCUGCCUCUGGCUGGAAAGCCAAGAUUACAGUGGACUAGGGAGGGCAGACCUAACUGGUUCCUUGGCCUGCACGACCGCCAGGGGUCAGCAGAACACGGCAGGAGGGUGCACUGCCAGACACGCCCCGUCUUGGUUGGGCCGCGCCCUAGUCCAGCUCUGUCUUUGAAUAAACCUGUACUUGAAAACCA